UAGGCCUUGUGGUGCAUGUGAUUCAGAUUCUAUUCAGUUGAACCUCUGGUUACAAAGUUGGUUGGACAGUGUUCUCGAAGCUACCAGCAUCAGUUUGACCAGACUGCAGGAGGACAGGAAGACUGGAGUGCCUGGAACAGGUGAGGCUGCAGGUCCCUUAUUUUGGCUGCUGGUCCCUUAUUUUCAAAUCUGUCAGUUGACGGCUAUGCCACAAAGUGGGGCUCUAACCCGAUGUUCUAACCUGGGGGAGGCCACGCCCACCCAAGCACAAGCUCCGCCCACUUGGCCCCAACUGCCAACCUCGUAUCUGCAUUGCAGUGGAUUGGGCUAGAUGACCCGGGUAUCCCUUCUCUUGGGGGAUUCCUGCAUUCCAGGGGGUCCUUCGUUGCAUGGGGUUGGGCUAGAUGACCCUGAGGGUCCCCUUCCCUUGUCCAUCAUUCUUGGAUCGCUACAUGCCUGUUUCUCACUCCCUGGCAAGAGAUCGGGCUUGGCUGCCAGCAGACGCAGGACUAGAAAAACAGGAAGAGGGUUCAAGAGAUGCCAAAACCUCGUGGGCAUGUCAAGAUUACAUAAGGAGGGAGCAAAAUAUGUUGUGGCUCAGACCACGCCAAAAACCUCCCUUCUAGCACCCUCUCCCAGCCCAACCCCAAAAAAGCAGGAAUCCCCCAAGAGAAGGCAUUUAGCCCAACCCCCCGGCAAUGCAAUUGUACAUUUUUAUUUUUAUGUAUUUCAUUUAAAUAUGUAUUUCAUUAUUUUCUUAUGAUGUAUUGCAUUAUGUAUUUUUAUUUUUUAUGUAUUUUUAAUGCCUUUCUAUUUUUAUGUAUUUUGUCAUGUGUUUUUAUUUUUAUGCAAUUUUAUUAUAUAAUUUUUUAAUGUAUUUUUAUUUUUACAUAUUUUUACGUAUUUUUUAUUUUUAGAUGUUUUAUUUUACUAUUAUGUAUUUUAUUAUAUAUAUUUAUUUUUAUGUAUUUUCUUAUGCAAUAGAAGGGACACCCAGGAGCAUCUAGCCCAAACUCCUGCAAUGCAGGAAUUUCCAAAAGGGACACCCAGGGUUAUCCCGACUAACCCCCCAAAAGCAGGCAUCUCAGUAUAGAAAAACUUAAUCCACCUCACACACACACCCAAUGCACCAGAACAUCAGAUAAUGCUGGAGCACGGACCUCGAACCCGCCACCUCCUCCUUCUUUCCUGGGAAGAGGAAGACGCCGAUCUCUUCCCAGCCUCUCCUAAUCCAAAUUUCUAUUUCUAUUUGUAUUUCUCCCUGCUUGGCAGGCACCCAGUUCCAGCUGCUGGGCGGAUACUGGUCCUGGCAGGACUCCCAGUUCCCUGCUGGCCGGCACGCCAGGACACAACCUGGGGCGGGAAUCUCAGGAAUGUCAACAUUGAAGCAUGAAGCUGGAAGGGGCACCCAGGGUCAUCUAGCCCAACCCCCUGCCAUGCAAUUGUGCAUUUUAUUUUUAUGUAUUUUAUUAUGUAUUUUUAUUUUGAUGUCUUUUCUAGGAGGGACACCCAGGGUCAUCCAGUCUAACCCGCUUCCGACGCUGCAACCCUAUGAUUUCUUCCCCGGUUUUACGCAAAGACUCAGCCUUGCAGGCAUCACCUGGUGAAUUCAUUUCUGGAAUCAUGACUGAAUAACAACAACAACAGUAACAACAACAACUCGCCUAUCUGGCUGGGUUCCCCGCCUCCCUCGAACCCGACUGUUCUAUGAUUUCACGAUGCUUUGCUUGGGGUUGGACUAGAUGACCCCCGGGAUCCUCUGAAUCUACAUUCCCAUUCCUCGGGGGAUCUUCCAGCUGCUUCUGGGCCCCCGACGUGCGGAGACACGUGCGGCAAGACACGCCCAGACACGCUUACACGACACGUGUCGGCUCGCAUGCUUCCUGUUGUUCUGGGGAAGCGCCCGCCCAGCUACGGCCAAGGACGCAGAACCGAGAAGAUGGAUGGGGCCAUCAGUGGUGGUCAUCCAGCCCCAAGCCACGUCUCUCAGCUCCAGCACCCAGGAGGACAGGUGGCCCUGGUGUGGGGUGGGACCUAACGCCCCCCCCCGCCUCCCUAAUAGCACCCACCUGCGGAAGAACAGCAGGAUGGAGAGGAGGGUCGUGUCGGCGGGCUGGUGGAGGUUUUUCUGGCAGACCAGCUGCACCAAGGCUUGGUUGGUGGUGGUCAUGGUGAGGUUGCCCCUGGGGCCGCGCUGGUAGCCCCGCCGCGGGCUGUCCUCGGGGCUGGCCAAGGGGUCCAGGCUCCACUCCUCCUCGGAGGAGGUCGACAUGGCGCUGGGCAGGACUCAGGAGAGGUGGGGAACUGGUGAGGAACCACCAGUGGAGAUAGCAGUGGUCCAGGAGAACUGGUCCCGCUGCUCCCAGCUGAGCGUGCCGGGCCGCAAGGAGCCAACCAGUAUAUCUCGGAGGGUUCCUGAAGACCUGGCCACCACCAACCCUGCCGAGAUGUCCACCACCAAGCUCUUCCACUUGUCCAAGCAGUCCAGCAGCUGCUCCUGAGCAGGAGAGGUCUCCUCUGAGCCAGAAGAACCCAGCGAUCUCCUGGGCGCGGCCAACUCUGCCGAGAUCUCCGAGGUGUGCCCGCUUCCCACGCCCCUCCAACCAGCCAACCCGCUGUCUCCGUGAUUCGGGAGCUACCUCCUCCUUGGCACACCCCCCAACCCGGCCGAAAUGCCACCACCAAGCCUUCGCCCGAGCUGCCCAACAGCUGUCCCUCCGUGGCAUCCAGCCAGAUCUCUAGACGGUGGCGCUGCCCCCUGCUCGCUGGGAGAGGGCGGCCCAAGGGGCGGACCCGGGGGAGCCACCAGCGCCACCGCCGCGCGCGCCACCCAGAGGCAAGGCAGGCAGGACUUGGUGGUCGUGGUGGCCUCUCGGCAGGGUUGGGUGCGCCGGGGAGGUCGCCCUGAAGUCCCCGAAGUAGAGUUCGAGAUACCCCAGAUAGGCGGGGUAUAAAGAAAUAAAUAAUAAUAAUAAUAAUAAUAAUAAUAAUAAUGACCCUCGAAGCUCUCCUCGCAAAUCUCCAAGGAAGGAGAGGAUAAAAUGGGAGAGUUUAUUAUUAUCAGUUAUUAUUAUUAGUAGUAGUAGUAGUAUUAACAUCAACAUCAUCUUCUUCAUCAUCGAAAAUCUCUUAGCAAAUUUCCAGCUCAAGGAAGGAGAGGAUAGAAUGGGAGAGUUGGAAAGAACCCCGAGGGGCAGGCGAGACAUUUAUCCUAGAAGCCGAUAAAUAUCAGUGGCAGACGGUCCGUGGAUAGUGCGGUGCAGCGGGUUGAACUAUUAUUAUUUGUGCUUUUUUUCGUUCUUUCUUAAAAAAAACAAAACAUUUAGGGCUACUCUCCUUUUCCUACUCCUAUUGAAAUACUGUACUGCCACUCCAUGAGGCCAAACUGAGAUUCGCAAAAUGUUUGGGGGUAUGCGUCCCCCCAGAAAAAAAAAUCUUCUUCCUCUUCUUCUUCUUCCAUUGAAAACGGCACAAUUGACAAGAGGAUAAAAUGCUAUCCUAAGCAUGACUGACCCAUGGGAUCCCUGCAACUCGUUGAUACGAUCCAGUCUUCCAGCUGAAGCCUCCAGGGAAGCCUCUGACGCGUGCAGAGCGCCAGUCCCAAGGUCGACUGCGCUGGGCCAUGGAAGCUCCUUCCCCCAAAAGGAGGACCUUUGGAAGGAAGAAGGACGGGGUGCAGAAGGACUUUGGGGCAAGUGGCUGAAGGGGCUUCCCCUGGGGAAGUAGUAGCGGAUGGGCGAAGCCGGCCCGGCCAUCUUCGACGAGGGCAAGCGGAGGUCCAUUAAAACGCAGGGGCAACGAAAGGAAAAGAGGACAGAAGUGAUUGCGAAAAGGGGGGAGUGAAGGCGGCGGGGCCAUGUUUGACGAGGGCAAAAGCUCUCUUUUAAACAAAAUAGUUUUUUCCCCUAGGAGAAAAAUUUAGGUCGUUUACAUUUAAAAUCUGUUGUCAUUUUCUGCAACAAAAUAGUGUCCCCCCCACUCCCAGUAAAGCAUUAGGGUAGCAGACGCAAACCCCAUUUUAUUCCUGUAUUCACAAUGCACUAUGUUUAAAGUAAGUUUUUUAAAGAUGCUAAACCUCAUAUGCUCAUAAUUUCUUAAUUUAUUUUUUGAUAUAUAUUUUAACAUUUUUUAAAUUUUAUUUUUUAAGGGUUGGCAUGUAACAACCUAUAGUAUUUCUACUUGAGAAUCAUAGAACUCCUGCUGAAAGAUGGCCACACCCAAUUCUAUCUAUAAAAUAUUUUUUUCUAAAAAAAAUGCAUUGCAGGGGGUCAGACUGGAUGACCCUUGGGGGUCCCAACAGGUCCAGACUGCAUACAACUCCACAUUCUUGCUUUUGAUUUCCCCCCCAACAAAAAUAUGAAAUUCAUUUAAAAUUCAGCUGAUGAGAAGGUCACAAAUGAAGCAUUCAUUUGUGAGCUGCCCUGAGACCUCCGGGUAUAUAAAUUCUAAUGAUUAUUAUUAUUGCAAGGCUGAAUCCUUCUGCAAAAAAGAGGGAGAUUUAAAUCAAUGGGGUUUAAAUCAAACCUGUUUUGCUCACCCUCAUUUCAUCAUUUAUGUCUUCCAGGUUUGUCAAGAUGAAGGGGAUACCAGCAAGGCUGAACCUUUGUGUGUAAAAGGGGGAAGAAAUCAGUGUCGGAAGGGGGGUUGGUCUGGAUGACCCUGGGUGUACCUUCCAGCUCCAUGCUUAUGUGCUGAGAUUCCUGAGAUUCCCGCCCUGGGUUCAUGUCCUGGUGUCAGUCAAUAAAAGACGUAAAAAUGAUAAUACAGUACAUUCUCAAACAUGUAAUCAAAUAAAUGCAUGAUAAAAUACACAAAAAAUAAAAUGAAAUAUAUAAAAAAUAAAAAAUACAUAAUAAAACACGUAAAAAGAAGAAUACAUUCUAAAAUAGGGGAUGCCAGUGAGGCUGAGGGGGAAGGAACCGUGGCCUUGCAGCAUUGGAAGUGGGGUUGGUCUGGAUUACCCUCAGGGGUCCCUUUCUUCUCCCCACAAUGCCUCUCCUUCUUUGCCGAGGGACAAAGACCUCUCUGCCCUCCUGCUGGAGGAUCUAUGGUCCUCAUUGUUCGGAUGUUCUCCAUUCUCCAUUGUUGGGAAUAGACAAAGAGGGUCUUGUCCCUGGGCAGCUCCGCCAGCCAGCUCCUCUCCGCGCCGGCCCUGCCAGGCAGCCGCCUGAAGGAGGCCAUAGAGGGCCAAAGGCAUCCCUCGCGGCACCUGCUGGGGGAACUGGGCCAAACUGGGGAGGGUGGAAGGAUAGGAUAUAGAAGAAUAGAAUCUUCUUCUUCUUCUUCUCCUCCUCCUCCUCCCUUUAAUGGUGAUUCUGUAAGGGACUGUGGAGGCCAAUUCUGGAUCCGCACCUCCUUCCACAAUGGAGUUUCCCAGUGAAGGUUCCUUCCUCUUCGCCCGUUUCUCCCUCACGUCCCGAGUUCAAGUAUCUUCAAAGCCCAUGACUCCUUUGGUCAAGGCGGUUCUCCAAUAGAAGAAUAUACCUUAUUGGCCCGGAUAGAAGCCCUAUUUUCCUCUGAGAUAGGCGAGAUCCCUUCAGGUAUCCAUAUUUCCUGGAGAAGUCUCUGAUUUAAAGCCAUCCCAGUUUCCAAUCACCUUCCUAUUGACAAAUCCUUUUUUUCAUUACGCAAAGACUCGGCCAUGCUGGCAUCACCUUCCUAUUGACCAAUCUGGGAAAUUCAUUUCUGGAAUAGUAACUUAUUUACUUCUGCUCUUAGGAAGACAUCGACCGAUCACAAUGAAAUUGUGGUGAGCAGGGCAGAUUCUUCACUGUUUUUCUAGAAAACCAGGUGUCCCCUAUCUUAGAUCUGGUAACUCCUACCUCAGUGCAGACCCUGACCUUCCUCCUUCUUGAAAUUCAAUUGGUGAGACUGAUGUGAGGCUGGCAGUCCACCAAGACCCAGACACAGAUGUCAACCACCCUUCUGUUGCUCCACUUGAUUCUCCAUAAAGGCAGAACCUGACCUUAGUCCCUCUUGAAACCCAUUGGACUCAGGUGAAGAUGGAGCUCCACCAAGCCCCUGAGAACCUUCUCCCAUAUCCUGGUGGCCACCUGGUGGUCCACCAAGACCCUGAGGUCCACCAUUGUUCUAUUGGUCCACCUAAUUCUCCAUAAAGGCAGAACCUGACCUUUGUUCCUUUUGAAAUCCUUUGGGUUGGACUCAGGUGAAGAUGGGGGGAGGGGUCUACCAAGACCCUGAUAUCCGUCUCCUUUGCCCUGCUAGCAAAAGUUGGUGGUCCACAGAGAAUGUGAGCCACGGGUCCUCUAGCCUGAGCUCAGAACUUUCCACCAAAGCUGGAAGCUCCCACAGAUCUUGGGACUUUCCAUCAAGCAGAUCUUGUCCAUCUCAGAGUUAACAGGGAGGAGAUGGAGCAGGAGGAGACAGGGCCGGCUUCUCCUUUAAGGGGCAUGGCUCUACACAACAGAUCCCUUUUUCUUUGGAGGAUCUGAGGGGGCAGAGAGAAAUCCAGCGAAGUGAGGAGGAGGAGAAGAAGACCGGGUUGUCCUAGCUGAAGAAGAGACCAGUUGCACUCCACCUGAACCCCAAGGCGAUGGGUGAGUUGGACCAGGGGUAUCAGUAUCUCCAUCACCCAUUAAUUUGGCCAUGGCGGAUCUCAGGGAUUUGGGAAGCCGUCCCGGGUUCUGAUCUCACCCCGGACUGUCCCACUUGUCCUGAGACCUCUGAAAAGUGAUGUGUUUCUGGGGUGGGAAAGAGGACCUCCCUAUUUUCACCAGAGACAUACUGGGGGGCUGGAAGAAGGGGGUCUGUAUCUUCAUUUUAGGGGAUAGAAGAGGAGGUCUGUAUUUUCAUUUUAGGAGAUGGAAUAGGAGAUCUGUAUUUUCACUGGAGAAAUAUUUGGGGGACAGAAUUGGGGGUCUCUAUUUUCAUUUUAGGGGAUAGAAUAGCAGGUCCGCAUUUUCACAAGAGAAAUGCUGGAGGACCCCCCCCCCCCGUUUUCACCAGAGAAAUAUUUGGGGGAUAGAAUAAGGGGGAUAUUUGGGGUAUAGAAAAUAAAAUUUCAUUUUAGGGGGUAGAAUUGGAGGUCUGUAUUCUCACAAGAGAAAUAUUGGGUAGGUGGGCUAGAUCCCUCCUGCUCCUCACCUCCCUUUCACAGCGACCUGGCCAGGUAGGUCUCUCGGCUGAGAAGCCAGCCAGAGGGAAUAGGACCCAGGAGAUCGGCUCGGCAGUCAAAGGGACUCUGAGAUUCACCCAGGCCUGGGGAAAAACCGGAAAAUUGGGGGGAACCCGUUUUCCCCCCUUUUCUCCCCAAAGCCACUUCCCCCCUGAAAAACUGAAGGGAAAAAAGAGUGUGGAAUAUUAAAACUAUCAAACUGGUUUUUAUUUCCAGUUUUCCUGGUUUUAACCCAGGCCUUCCCAUCUAUGCCAUAUAUACAGAGUAAAAAACAAUGCUCCUGUGAAAUAAAGCUGUCCAUUAAUGGGCCCCCGAAAAUCUUAACGACCCACGUUUCUUUUCACAAAACUGCCCUGAGAUUCCCGGGUCAGACUGGAUGACCGCCAGGAUCCCUUUCAGUUCUAGUGUUUUCUGUACCAGCCGGGACCACUCUCUGGGAGGCGGCAUGAAGGAGAGCAUUGUUUCAAACUCACAGCCCAUCCCUCAUUGUCCAUUGUCUUCGGGACAAUAGGAGCCUUUUUAUCUCUGUGCUCUGCUUCGUCCCACAUGCCCUCCAUCCAUCCCACCCCCGAGAUGAAGAGGCGAGGAAUGGUCCAGUUAGAGUCCUGGGAAGAGGGCUCUGGUUCGAAUCCUCAAAACCUUCCUGGCAGGAUGAAAAUAAAGACCCCCAAUUCUAUCCCCCGAAUAUUUCUCUGGUGAGAAUCCUCUAAAAUGAAAAUAGAGACCUCUUGUUCCAUAUUUUCAUUUUAGGGAAUUUUGUUUCCCAUAAUUCCUGGCAGAAAUUAAAAAAAGUUUAAGAGAGUUUUUAUGGAGAGUUGCUGCCAAGAAUUUAAUCGCAAAAGGUGGGAAGGGAGAGGAUAUCACAAUCAAAUCAGGCUAGCAAAAUCAAUUAAACAAAUAAACUAACUAACUAACUAACUAAAUAAAUAAAUAAAUUUAAAUAAAUUAAGAGAGGAUGUUGAACUAGCGAGACUAUCAGCAAGGUGACAGAAAAUUUUUUUACCAGAGAAUGGGAAAUAUACAGAGUCUGCGUAAAAGAACAUGUUCAAAAUAUCAGGCUUCGACUGAGCUGUUUGUAAAAAGGAGAACCUUAUCAAAUAAGGUUUGAUAUAAAGUGAGAUAAAAGGAGAGGAAAUAAAGUUGUGCAUAUUUAAAGAACCUAAUUCGGGAACAUAAUGGGAAGAUCAAAGGUCACGUUAAUUAAUGUACAAAACAAGUAUCCAUUCAGAAAUGUAGGAUUUUAAAAAAAUUUCUAUCUUGUCUUUUACAUUUCUUGAUUAUUUCUCUUAUACAGUUUUAAAACCAGUAAAUCAUUAAAAAAAAUAUUGAUUUUAGGGGAUGGAAUAGGAUGUCUCUAUUUCCAUUUUAGGGGAUGGAAUAGUUCUCUAUUUUCAUUUUAGAGGAUAGAACGGGAGGUCUGUCUUUUCACCAGCGAAAGAUUGGGGGGAUAGAAUUGGGGAAGUCCCUAUUUUCACCCGGCCAGGUAGGUCUCGGGGAUUUGAACCCGGGGCCCUCUUCCCAGGACUUUAACUGAGCCAUUCCUCACCAUCCCUGGGGUGGGAUGGGGGGCAAUGUGGGACAGAGAGAUCAAGGCUCCAUUGUCCCAAGGACAAUGGACAAUUGAGGAUGAGCUGAGAGUUCAAAUCCAAACCUGACACUGUUUCUGGCAUCUCAGAGCUGCUUGUUCCCAGCAGAGAUAAAGCAGAACAUUGGACCAAUUGACCCUCGGGGUCAAAUCCAGAUUUCUGCUCCUAUUUUGAAAUUCCUGCCAAUUCAACGACCCUCAGGGCGGCGGGGUCUCAGCAUUCCAGGAAACCCAGCCAGAUGGGUGGGGUAUAAAUAACAAAUUAUUAUUAUUAUUAUUAGGGGAGAGGAAGGAGCCGCAGGGAGGCCUGCCCGUCCUGCUGACCCUUGUAUUUUUCGCAAUGUAGAUAAUGUUAGCGGCGGGCCUGAACCCCAACCAACCACGGCUCCGCAGAACUCGAACCCGGAUCCAGUUCCCCGAGCCGGUUCUCCAGGUAGCCAUCUGAAGCCUGAGAAACCCAGAGCCUGCCUAGCAGGGCUGGGUUGCCCUCCGAUGCGAGGCCACGUUGAGAUUCCCGUCUUUCAGGGGUGGGACUGAAUAAUAAUAAUAAUAAUAAUAAUAAUAAUAAUAAUAAUAAUAUCGUUUAACCACAUCAGUUAAUGUGGAUACAUAUGCUAUCAUGUUAUUGUUUUAGUGAAAUAAAUGGUUUAAAUUGUUAUGAUGGUUUUUCUCCUUCCAAUCAAAUGCAGCAGAAAAGUGGUCCCAAUAGAAUUUCUUAAACCUCACCAGAAUUUCAUCAUUAUCGGUCUAUGUAUUUCUAAUAAUAGAACCAAAUCAGUAAUUUUUGAUGGAUGUGUAAAAACGAAUUUAUGAUUCCCAAAAGGAAACCUUUCUCUGGUGGUCAAUAUUCAGAGGAUGCCAUAAAGGCUGAACCCUUCCUGUAAAAAAGGGAUUUCAAUCAAGUCUUACUGACUAGUGAUUUAAAUUGUGAUUUAAAUCGUGACUGAAAUUGAUUUGAUUUCAAAUCAAAUCCACCCUGCUGCGAAGCAAGUCGAAAAGACUUUCCUUACCGAUUCCAAGGGCCGGCGAAUGCGUUUCAGGGGAUUGAGGUUUAAUGCGGCCCUCAGCUCCUGAAGGUAACAGGGCCCUUUAUAUGUCCAGCUGUCCUUUGUCCACAACAAAUUGCUACUGUUUUUUUGUGUUGAAUAAGUGCUAUAUGGUAAUUGAUGGAACUCAUAGGUAUCUCAAGCCAUUUGCACAUGUUGCCAGACAACCAGUCCAUGUAGAAUGUCAGCACCCUAUAUAUAGAAAUGAGCAAAGCAGUGAUAGUUUGAGGAGCAGGGGAGCAGGCAAGCAGGCGGGGCCUAUGACUUGCAUCAUAGGAGCCUACACAACACAAAACACGGUUGCUGUAUGUCGGUUUUAUUUGUUUUUUAUCUUCUCUUUUGGAAAUGUACAUCCAGGUUUUUCCCGCUUUUGAAUUUUUUGGAGGACCCCCAAGAGAGGGGGGGCGCCAAGCUACGGCUUGUUGAACUUAGACAUAAAUCUGGCACUGGCACCGCUGGUAAUUCGACGCUGAGAUUCCUGCCUAGCUGGACUGGAUGAUAGCGAUAGGGAUAGGGGUUAGGCAACUCUUCCUCAAUAGGUUUCUAUCCUUCUCUCCUUCCUUCUUCCUGCUCCCUUACAGGUCUAUUAGAGUGCUGUGCCCGCUGCCUGGUGGGGGCGCCCUUCGCCUCGCUGGUGGCCACGGCCCUGUGCUUCCUGGGGGUGGCGCUCUUCUGCGGCUGUGGCCACGAAGCCCUGACCGGCACCGAGCACCUGAUCGAGACCUACUUCUCCAAAAACUACCAGGAUUACGAGUACCUAGUCGAUGUGUAAGCACCUCCCGAUGUUCCUUUUCUUCGCCUUCGUUCCCUCGUCCGUUCCCCUGUUCGUUUACCGAUACAUUCUCACAUUCAUAUUCUGCAAUCCAUUUUUCACUGCAUGUCCACAUCAAGUUAAACCGCGACCACACAAUCCAUCUUCUAUCAGAAUAAUAUUCUGCAGUCCUUUUUCAACCGUAUAUCCCUCCUAGCUCUGGUGGGGGGUCAGACUGGAUGACCCUCGGGGUGCCCCCACUGUACCGACGGCCCCCCUCUCUUUUCUCCCCCACAGGAUCCACGAUUUCCAGUACGCCAUCUAUGGGGUGGCCGGCUUCUUCUUCCUCUUUGGUGCCCUCCUGCUGGCUGAAGGCUUCUACACCACUGGCGCUGUCCGGCAGGUCUUCGGCGACUACCGGGCCACCGUCUGCGGCAAGGGCCUGGGCGCCACGGUAGGCCACAAGGGGAGGGGGCCCCGAGGACACCGGCCCGGCCGCUCCUGGGAGCUGGUGUGUCACUGUGUGGGAAAAUGGCUGGGCCAUCCUGAUAAGGUGAUCUUCUCCUCUUUCGCACCCAGCGCUGCUGCCGUUCGAACCCGGGGCAUGAGACUGCUGACGGUGGGGGGCGUUAAGGAGAGUAUGACCAGGAUAUAUUGCAUAAGUCUUGUCCUUCCUUCCUCUGGUUGUCCAUAUUAAGAGGAGGCAGCAAGGCUGAUCCUUUCUGUAAAGAAAGGAUUUUAUCCUUCCAAAAUGGAAACCUUCCUCCGCUUGAUUCUAGGUGCAAUAAUUGGGAAUGGCUUUACUUACUAGUUCCAAGGUCCUUGGCCAAAAAAGAGGAAAUUCCACGUCUAAGGAAUCCAGCAGGGCACUUUUAACCCCUUCCUGCCUUUGGACCUCCAUCCCGGAAGGACGCUCCUGGCACCAAGGGACUUGCACUUGUGACACAUGGUGCCAUCAGAAAACCACCUGCUGUGCCUAUGGAGGCCCCCCUCCCAAUCCCGGGCCAUCUGAGUAUUCCUGCUUUCCCAGUCCCAGAUUUGACUUAUGAGGGGUGGAAGAAGAGGUCGCUAUUUUCAUUUUAUGGGACAGAAUAGGCGGUCUGUAUUUUAAUCAGAUUAAUACUUGUGGGAUGGAAUAGAUGGAUGGAUUUGUGGGAAUUUGUGGGAUGGAAUAGAAGAUCCCUAUUUCAUUAGAUAAAAUAUUUGGGUGAUGGAAUAGGAGAUCCCUGUUUUAAUCAGAUAAAUAUUUGUGGGAUGGAAGAGGUUUCUGUUUUCAUUUUAGGGGACAGAAUAGGAGGUCUCUAUUUCCAUUUUAGGAGAUGGAAUAGGAGGUCUCCAUCUUCACCUGAGAAUUACCCAAAUAUAAGCCGCCCCUGAAAAUAGGAUUUUAAUGGAUCAUCUGCCCACCCCUUGUGGGAAUAUCUGGAGGAAAGGUCCAAGUGGCUGGGAGUUCCUCAGGUCCCAAAGGUCUCCAGUCUCAUGCCCCAUCCCCCGGAAGCUCCUGGCGAAUCACUGACUCUCGUUUCUUCUCCCUCCUUUCAGUUCGUGGGCAUCACCUAUGUCCUGACCGUCCUCUGGCUCCUGGUCCUGGCCUGCUCGGCCGUCCCCGUCUAUGUCUACUUCACGGCCUGGACCACCUGUAAUUCCAUCGCCAACCCCACCAAGACGGCCGCCGGCAUCGGGAACCUCUGCACAGACGCCCGGAUGUAUGGUGAGGAAGAACCUAGUUUCCUGGGCCACCUUGGGGAGGAAGAAUUUCAUGAGGGGUCUCCCAGGAAGAAGGUUCUCAAGGUCCUGGUGGAAUAGGACAUGGAGAAGGUUCUUGAGGUCUUGUUGGAACACCAAGUUGGUAGCAGGACCUGAGAGAAUCUCAAGGUCCUGGGGGAGCCCCAUCUUCCCACGAGUCUCACCCAAUGAAUUUCCAGAGGGAUGAAGGUCAGGAAGGAUCUUGGAGUCUUGGUAGACCAGCAGCUUGCCAUCAGGACCUUGGAGAAGGAACUCAGGAGGCUUGGUGGUCCUCCAACGUCACAUGAGUCAACCCAAGGGAUUUUCAAGGGGGGGGGGAAAGGUCAGGUCCUGCCUUUAGGGAGAAUCCUAUGGACCCUGAUGGUGGGCUCAGGGUCUUUGUAGAACACCAACUUGUUAUCAGGAUCUGGGAGGAUGUUCUCAGGGUCUUGGUGGGCCUCCAUCUUCACAUUUCAAGAGGGGCCAAGGAGGUGGGGAGAGGUGGCCCUUCAGCUCUCAACUGUUCUGUGUUUUGGUGCCCCACCACAGGUGUCUUGCCAUGGAAUGCCUCCCCGGGAAGAGUGUGUGGCCAGAGCCUUCUCUCCAUCUGCAAGACAUCCGAGGUAAGUUCUCAGUGGUCAAGACUAGAGAACUUUCAUGUUCCUUUCUACCAUUCUGUUUCUACAUUGAGUUCCUUCAAUGGGUGACCCAUUCUCCUCCUCCUUGUCCUCCCUCUUCUCCUCAUCCUACAGUUCCAGAUGACGUUCCACCUGUUCAUCGCGGCCUUCGUGGGAGCGGCAAUCACCUUGGUGGCUCUGGUAAGGACAGCUUCCCACAACUCUUCAUCUCUGGGUGGAGGGUUUGAACCACACGUGGGGCAAAGGAUGGGAUGGAGGUCUCUAGCAGAACCCUGGAAAAUCCUGCUGGACUCAGCUGCUGACUCCUUCCGACGGUCCUGGGAGGAGACCUGCUGAGCUGUCAGGUAAACCAGGAGGAAUGGGCAGCAGACCAUGGUUGAUGGUCUUCAAAACUGCUGAGAUAUCAGGGGAACCAGGAGGAAUGGGUUUUAGCAAUUCUGCUUCUGUUCCCCUUCCUUCGUAGGUGACGUUCAUCAUUGCGGCCACCUACAACUUCGCCGUCCUGAGGCUGAUGGGCCGGGGAACAAAAUUCUAACCUGGCACCCGCCCGGGCUGAGAGACUCCCUCCCUCCCUCUUCAUAAUAAUAAUAACAAUCGGUAUUAUUUGCACCCUGGACUGGUCUUCUAACCGCGAGGCUCUAACCAGGCGGCUGCCGACCUCCUGCUCUAACUGCCCGCCAGCCAAUCGGCUCAUCCCCAUUUGCCGGGGUUGGACUAGAUGACCCCGGGGUCCCUUUUCAAAAGCAACCAUGAUUCUAUGAUCUCACUCGACCCUGCCGGACCCAAAAAUGGGAUUAUUCCCAGUCCGGGGAUUUCGUCGGCGCAGGAAACCGAUGUCGGAGCGAGAGAGAGGAGGUCCUCCAACCUGUUAGUCCUGCUUUUCAGAGGAAAAAAUCACUCCAGCCCCUUGAAGAUCCCCAAAAGAAAGACCUUUUUUUGGAAAAAAAUAAUUGCAGUUUUAUGCUCCAAACGGCGGGAAAUCAUUCAAUGGGAUGACACCAUUUUUUUGUAAGAGGCUAAUAAAAACAUACACACACACACACACACACACAUAUAUAUAUAAAAUGUGAAAACCGACUGUUCUUAACACGGCGUGCGGAAAGCUGAGAUAACGAAGGAUAAUGUCGAAAAUAAAUAAUGAAGGAUAAUAUUGAAAUAAAAACGAAGGGUGAAUUUCACGAGAA